AAAUCCUUAUUCCAUUUUCGAUUCAGCUGACCUUCAUUUAUUAGAUGAAUUAGCCUUGAAAUGUCUUUUAGAAAGUGAUGAUCUUGAACUUGAGGAAAUAGAAAUUUGGAAUUGUUUGAUUAAAUGGGGUAUUUCUAAACUUCUUGAUGAAAAUAUUGCAAAUUGGUCUGAUGAAAAUAUCAAAGAAUGGUCAGAAGAUCAUUUCAAUACAUUAAAAGAAACUAUCAUUAAUUGUAUUCCCUUAAUUCGCUAUUAUUAUAUUCCUAAAUAUCUUAUUGAAAAACAAAUUAAACGUUAUCACUUGGAUUCUAAUAUAUUUAUUAAAUCCAAAACCCCUCCAAGAAGAUUAUUAAGCAGGGUAAAAAUUGAAAAAAAAGAUAAGGCUAUUUGGAAUGAUGAAUUAUGCGGACCUUGUUUUGGAAAAUCAGAUUUAUGCAUGAGAUUUUCUCAUUGGACUAGUCAGUGGGAAGAUUAUGAACAUCAAAUAACUAAUUCAAGCAUAUUAACUGCUGAAGAAUAUGAAGUAUUGGCCUUUGGUAAUUAUAGACCAACACAGUUUUGA